AUGGGGAAGAGCGAGAAGACGACGUUAGGGCGAUCCCUGGUGAAGCACCACAACCAUAUGAUUCAAGAAUCCAAAGAGAAAGGCAAGUACUACAAGAAUCUCCAGAAGAAGGUUCUCGAAUCCGUCACCGAGGUCAGCGACAUCGACGCCAUCAUCGAGCAGGCUGAGGAAGCCGAGCGUCUUUUCACCAUCAAUCACAGCAACACCACACCUUUGCCCAUCAAUAUGUAA